CAAAAUAACCCGUGGUAUUUUCGUGAAUUUAUUCAAAGUUGAGUUUGUUUCAGCUAAGGGCUACAAGUUGGUCCUUCUUUUUAAUCUCACCAUUCCCUAAUUCUCUUCUCUCAAUUUUCUCUCUUUCCAAACAGAAUUACUCCAAUAUUCUAUCACUAUAAUUCCUUCUCAAUUUUCUCUCAGAAAUAUUUUUAUUUUUUUUGCCUGUUAGAGAAGUUUCUAGAAACUUUUUUUCAACUAUGAAAAAUUGUGAGCUAUGUAAUGGAUUGGCUAGGAUAUACUGUGAAUCAGACCAGGCGAAUUUGUGUUGGGACUGUGAUAUGAAGGUGCACUCGGAGAACUUUCUUGUAGCGAAGCACUCGAGGUCGUUAUUAUGCCACGUGUGCCAAUCGCAGACAGCUUGGUCGGCUACAGGUGCAAAGAUUGGCCGGACAGUCUCUGUAUGUGAAAGAUGCUCGAACGACAACAAAAACAUACCGAGUGUAAUCCUACAAGUGACGAUUAGUGAGGGUAGAAUGUACUCAGACAUUAUCCCUACCUUGACAGGUAGAGAUGAAAUUGGUGGAGAAGAAGUCGAAAGAAUAGAUGAUAAUAAUGAUGUUGAGCAGGAGGAGGAGGAGAUUGAUUUAGAGGAUAUUCAGGUUGUUCCGUGGUCAUCUGCUCCGCCUCCACCACUACCGUCGAGUUCAUCCAGCAGUGAUGAAUCGUUGAAUAGCUUUGGAGACUUUUCUUUGAAACGAAUGCGUGAAGAUGACAUGAUUGUGUAACUUCAACAUCUAUGAGAACGCCUUCGAAGAUCCAGAGAACUGAAGAGAGCUUUAAUGGGUCGGGUUGAAACUGAAGAGAUCCAGUGUGGUAAUUGACCACUGAUUGACGCUUAUGUUUGGCUAACACCAACACGUCAUUUCUACUUUUAUUUUUAUUUUUGUAAAUUACAGAUAGUCAUUUCUACUCUUACGUACCUAAAUCUUUGUAGUCAGUGAAAUUACAGAUAGCCAUUUCUACUUUUACUUACCUAAAUCUUUGUAGUCGGUGAAUUUCACAUCAUAUGGUUCUUAGGAUAAGAUUUAAUUUAUUCUACUCAAUCUUUAGAUGGUUUGACUAAUGGGGUGUAUUAUUUUGUUUUUUACUGUGUGUAGUUUGUUUUAGGAUAAUGUUAAGAAUUCAAUAAAUCUUCCAUGGAUUAUCAAGAAACUAGAAGGUUUGUAAAUU